AUAGGGUUUAUAUAUUGUUGGAGGAUUUGGGAGAGAUAUCAAAGUUGGAAAUGUGGGAUGAAGAUCUAGGCAACUGUGUUAGUUGGCCAGUCCAGGAAUAAGGUAGAAACUGUCUGUGUGGGAAGCUGAGUUGGGAUCCUUUCCAGAUUCUGGAUCGGCUAUGGAGUGCAACAAAGAAGAGGCUAUCAGAGCCAAAGAAAUCGCUGAGAAGAAGAUGCAAAAUAAGGAUUUUGUGGGAGCUCGGAGGAUUGCUCUCAAGGCUCAACAAUUGUACCCAGAUAUAGAGAACCUCUUCCAGAUGCUUACUGUGUGUGAUGUACACUGUUCUGCAGAGAAUAAGAUCCUUGGUUCAGAGAUGGACUGGUAUGGAAUCCUUCAAAUCACUCAAACAGCAGAUGAAUCAUCCAUAAAGAAGCAAUACCGGAAACUUGCCCUCCUACUUCAUCCUGAUAAGAACAAGUUUGCUGGAGCCGAAGCUGCCUUUAAGUUGAUUGGGGAAGCACAGAGGGUGCUUACAGAUCAGCAAAAGCGGAGUCUAUAUGACAUGAAGUGUAAAGAUUUGGUGAGAAGUGCUGCACCAAAGCCGCCACGGCAGCCAGUGAAGAGAAACACUUCUGCCAGGAAACCAUGUGGGCCUCAGAACAAUUUUAUGAAUACUACUUCCCAGCAGUUCACAGGCUUGAACAUGCGUCAACAACAGCAGAAGCAGAACCCACCAGAGUUCCCUAAUGACCAGCAGACUUUCUGGACUAUUUGCACAUUUUGUGGUAUUAGAUACCAGUAUUACAGAAAUAUUUUGAACAAAUCUCUGCGUUGUCAAAGUUGCAGUAAGCCUUUCAUUGCCUAUGAUUUGGGUGCUCAGGGUCCGCCUGCAGGAGUCAACGGUAAUAAAUCUGCAUUUGCUCAACAAAAAGGCGUACCUGGUCAGGGUGCUAAAGUUGGUUCACAAAGUACUCCAGGGAACCUCCCAGCUGGUCUAGGGUCCAAGGGAACUUUUGGCACUGGGACUGCAGAACCACAGACUUUCCCAAAAAUGGGAAGUACUUCUGAUGUUGGGAGGGAUUCUAAAAGCACAGGAAAGGAAGAUGGAAAUGUGGAUAUGGGAGUUGGGGAAGAAGGCAAGAGAAGGCCCAAGAACCAGGCAAAGCCUGAAGAAUCAGAACCUUCAGGGAACAAGAGACAAAGGAAAUUAGACAAAGAGUCCAGUGGAAGCUGUGACACUAGAAGCAGUGGUGACCCGGAAGAGGAUGCUGUUUUCAAAGAAGAUGGUGCUCACCCGUCUGGGCGGAACCGUGGGGCUCAUUACCCUAGGAGAUCGAUUAGGCAAAAGAUUAAUGUUAUUUACAAAGAAAAUUUAAGUGAUGAUAAUGAUCUGGAAAUGGAGACCCCUCUUGAAGAAAAUUUACCAAAUAGAAAGAAUGAAACUGAGACAUGCAAAGAAAAUGGGAAAGAAGCAGAUGUAGUGGAUGGCUCUAAAUUGAUCGAGAGUCCGAAGACUAUGCCAGAUCCUGAGUAUUAUGAUUACCCUGAUCCAGAUUUCAGUAACUUUGACCAGUUAAGAGAAUUGAAUAAGUUUGCUGUUGACCAGAUCUGGGCUCUUUAUGAUACUAUAGAUGCCAUGCCUAGGUUCUAUGCCCGUGUUCGGAAAGUAUAUUCACCUGAGUUCAAGGUACGCAUUACAUGGCUGGAGCCUAUUCCGGAUGACAAAGAUGAGAUCGACUGGGUUGAGGAGGAUUUGCCUGUUGCCUGUGGUCGGUUCAAACAUGGAAAGACUGAAGAUACUCAAGAUCAGCUUAUGUUCUCUCAUGUGACUACAUGGGAGAGAAGCAGUAGGGGUUCUUACAAGAUAUACCCUAGAAAGGGAGAAACUUGGGCACUCUUCAAGGACUGGGAUAUUAAAUGGAACUCUGAUCCAGAGAAUCAUCGAACCUAUAAGUAUGAAUUUGUAGAAGUCCUUUCAGAAUAUUCAGAAGACACCGGCGUUACCGUUGUUUACUUGGGUAAGAUGAAAGGAUUUGUUAGCCUGUUUAGUCAAAUCAAGAAGGAGGGCAUUCAUUCCUUUAAAAUACCACCUAAUGAAUUAUUGAAGUUCUCUCACAGGAUACCUUCUUUUAGACUGACAGGUAUGGAAAGAGAAGAUGUUACAGAAGGAUCUUAUGAAUUUGAUCCUGCUUCUCUUCCUACUGAUGUUGAAGUGUUUAAUCGUACUGAAGAUGUGAAAUUGGACAAUGGAAGUGAGGGUUCAUGUCCAAAGUUUUCCAAAGAGAAUGCAAAACCCAUGGCAGAGCCCAUAUUUCCCGAUACAAAGCAAAAUGGUUCAGAUCUGGAUGAGGAAAAUGCCUUGGAAACAAGGAACUCAGAAAACAGCAACCAGAAGAAGCCAAUUGAACUGAAUGGAACCCUUAACAAACCCAGUCAAGCAAAUGUAAGUCAAUGUGCAGGCAAGGAGAAGACUCAGAAUCAUCUGAGCAAUGUGAAAAAUGUCAGCUGUGAUGGCUUCACUGAAGCAGGUGUAUCUACAUGUCAGAAUGAUGAGAAGAGGCAUAAAGUGGUUGAAGAUACCAUUUCAGGUGGUAUAACUGAGGAUCCUGGUACUGCUCCUGCUUCAUCUUCAUCUUCAGAACCCAAUGAAAUUCCAGGGACAGAAUUUUAUGAAUUCGACAAUGACAAAUCUUUUGAUAAGUUUAAGACUGGUCAGAUCUGGGCAUUGUAUAGUGACCAUGAUGGCAUGCCCAAGUUCUAUGGCAAAAUAAAGAAAAUUAAACCUCCACCGGAUUUGACACUGUGCGUUACAUGGAUCGAAGCCUGCCCCCUGCGAGAGGGUAUUAUUGAUUGGACUCAUGAGGAUAUGCCUGUCUGUUGUGGUGAAUUUAAGCUUGGAAAUGAUACCGAUGAAUACAAUAGCACCUCUUCCUUUUCCCAUCAAUUAAAAGCUGUAGCCAAGGGUAAGAAGUAUGUCAUCCAUCCUAGGCAAGGUGAGGUUUGGGCAUUGUAUAGGAACUGGGAUGCUAAAUGGACAGUCUCCAAUUUGUCUGACUGCAAAUAUGACGUAGUAGAAAUUCUGGAGUGUAAUACAUUCGGAACAAAAGUACAGAGCCUGGUAUUGGUCGAUGGUUAUAAGACAAUUUACAAGGCCACAAAAAAGAGAGGGUCGACAGUCACCAUGGAGAUCCCACAGAGAGAUUUGCUCCGAUUCUCUCAUCAGGUUCCUGGGAUCCGGUUGACGGAGGAGAAAAAUGGCAGCUUGAGAGGCUGUUGGGAGCUUGAUCCUGGUUCAUGUCCAAAGUUUUCCAAAAAGAAUGCAAAACCCAUGAUGGAGCCCAUAUUUCCCAAUACAAAGCAAAAUGGUUCAGAUCUGGAUGAGGAAAAUGCCUUGGAAACAAGGAACUCAGAAAACAGCAACCAGAAGGAGCCAAUUGAACUGAAUGGAACCCUUAACAAACCCAGUCAAGCAAAUGUAAGUCAAUGUGCAGGCAAGGAGAAGACUCAGAAUCAUCUGAGCAAUGUGAAAAAUGUCAGCUGUGAUGGCUUCACUGAAGCAGGUGUAUCUAAAUGUCAGAAUGAUGAGAAGAGGCAUAAAGUGGUUGAAGACACCAUUUCAGGUGGUAUAACUGAGGAUCCUGGUACUGCUCCUCCUUCAUCUUCAUCUUCAGAACCCGAUGAAAUUCCAGGGACAGAAUUUUAUGAAUUCGACACUGACAAAUCUUUUGAGAAGUUUAAGACUGGUCAGAUCUGGGCAUUGUAUAGUGACCAUGAUGGCAUGCCCAAGUUCUAUGGCAAAAUAAAGAAAAUUAAACCUCCACCGGAUGGUCCGGAUUUCACACUAUGCGUCACAUGGCUCGAAGCCUGCCCCCUGCGAGAGGGUAUUAUUGAUUGGAUUCAUGAGGAUAUGCCUGUCUGUUGUGGUGAAUUUAAGCUUGGAAAUGAUACCGACGAAUACAAUAGCACCUCUUCCUUUUCCCAUCAAUUAAAAGCUGUAGCCAGGGGUAAGAAGUAUGUCAUCCAUCCUAGGCAAGGUGAGGUUUGGGCAUUGUAUAGGAACUGGGAUGCUAAAUGGACAGUCUCCAAUUUGUCUGACUGCAAGUACGACGUAGUAGAAAUUCUGGAGUGUAAUACAUUGGGAACAAAAGUACAGAGCCUGGUAUUGGUGGAUGGUUAUAAGACAGUUUACAAGGCCACAAAAAAGAGAGGGUCGACAGUCACCAUGGAGAUCCCACAAAGAGAGUUGCUCAGAUUCUCUCAUCAGGUUCCUGGGAUCCGGCUGACGGAGGAGAAAAAUGGCAGCUUGAGAGGCUGUUGGGAGCUUGAUCCUGCAUCAUUGCCAUGCCCUUAGAGUUGUUUGAAUUGAAAUAUCUGAUGGUAAGUUUAAUCCCAUUCAGUGCAUUUCCCAGAUUCAGUCGGUGCCUCUUGUAGCCUGUAUCUUCCAUUCAAAUGCUUGUGACAUUUUGAGUUUGUGGGAAGUGCUUUUUCAAAGAA